AUCUCAGCAACUUGAACUCGCCUUUCCCUCGACGAUUGAUGAGCUGAAGACGCUCAGCUCGCUGCUGAUCGGCUACUCGCACCAGCAGCCCGCCUACGUCCUGGUGCUCUUCGCCUCGGCCUACCUCUUCAAGCAGACCUUUGCCAUUCCAGGGUCGGUCUUUCUGAACCUUCUCGGCGGCGCCCUCUACGGCCUGGUGCCCGGCUUCCUGCUCUGCAGCCUGCUGACGGCCACCGGCGCCACCUGCUGCUACCUCCUCUCGGCGAUGGUCGGCACUGAGUUUGUGGAGCGGUUCGCCGGAAGGCAGCUGGUUGCCCUAAAAAAGAGGAUACCCGGGUUAGAAGCAAAAGAAGAGGGGCGUCAUUCCCAGCUGCUGUCCAUCCUCAUCUCGCUGCGCCUCUUUCCCAUGUCGCCCAACUGGGCGCUGAACAUUGCCAGUCCGCUCAUUGGCGUCCCCCUCGGCCACUUUUACCUCUCGGUUUUGCUUGGUCUGAUGCCGUACAACUUCAUCUGCGUGCAGACCGGCUCACUGCUCUCCGAGCUGCAGUCACUGGAUGAUCUCUUCAAUCUGCGCACCUUUGCCUCGCUGCUCGCCAUUGCCGCCGUCUUUGCCGCGCCCACCGCCUACAAGCACUUCUGG